AAGAGAGAUUUGAUUUGAGCUGGAUACAAAAAUAAUGACCCAAUAUAGAUUUGUUAUUAGUAUUAUUUAAUUGCCCUUAAUGAAACAUGCAAUGUUAGUGAAGGAAACAUGCCCAUAAGGUAAUUAUGACAAUAGGAUCCUGCUUUAAUAGUAUAGACUAGAUUUUGACCCGCGCUUUCAAAGCGCGGGAAUAUAUUUGUUGACAAAUUUAUUGAUAUAACUUUUUGUUAACUAAUUUGUUUCGUUAUAAACAUUUUUGGUUUUCGUUCGACUCUAAUUUGCUUUUAUUGGUUUUCGAUUUCAGUUUGGUUGUGGUUUUUGGUUUAGAAAUAUAUGAACAAUUUUGGUUAUAUAUGAAGUUGAGUUUUGGUUAAAGUGAUUGAAUAUAUUGAUAUUUUGUGUGGUAUGGAUAUAUAAAAAUUUUGAAUUUUUCGGUUCUGGGUACUUUCUGUUUUAAAUCAUUUCAAAUAAUUGUUUUACGGCAAAGCAAACAUAUAUUUUAAUUUACUUUAAUAGACCCAAGCCCACUGCUCUUACAAAUAUAAUUUAUUGUUUUGACCAGCAAAAUCAGGUUUAUUAUUGCAAAAGUCACUAAAAAAAUUAAUGGAAAAUUUUGUAAUUAAUUAGAAAAGUCAGGGGCAUAAUCAUAAGAAAGAUUUUGCUUUAAUAGUAUAGAUAUGCAUGGUUCUCUACGGAUUAAUUACUCAGAAAAUAUACUUUUUUAUUGUCAAAAAUCCAUUUCAAGAAGAUCAAAAUGCUCAGUACAACAUUCAUUUUUUAAGCUUUCCCUUAAUACAUUAGAUAUAUUUAUAUAAAAAAACAAAUAUAGCCAAUGGCUGGACUAACGCUUCAUUAUCUUCUAAGUUUCUCCCUUUUUGAAGUCAUUUUUUGUCUUCCUACAUUUGUUUUAGGGAAAUUAGACUCAAUAACACCAAAAAAGAAAAAUGAAAUAAGUAUAUAUAUAAAAUAUAGUAUCUAACAAAAUCUUUCUCUAUCUCUUCCUAUCUCUCUCUCUAAAAAUCUAAUUUUCCUUUUUUGUUAUUCCGCAAAUAGACCUUUUUAUUGUUUUUUGUGGAAAAAAAAAUGGUUUCACCUUUUUGCUGAAAAUCUAAACAUUGUAAAUAAUCCCAACUAUAACAUAUUUCAAAAAAUAAUAAGAUAAUUUUCUUAAAAAGUUAUCUUAAGUAAAUAUAUUCUAACUAAAAUAAUAAAUUGAUAAUCACUAUAUAUAUAAAACUUGUAUAAAUUUAUAUAAACAUAAACAAAACAUUAUAUUGUUUAUUUUUGAAAUUUUAAAUAUGUAUCCUUUUUCAUUUUGGUAUUAUUUUAUUAAACUACAUCCAAAAAGCAUUUAUAUUCAAGGAUAUAUUUUUUUUUCUUGAUACAAAAAAUAUAUAAAUAAUCUAGUAAAAAGAGACAAAAUCCAAAUCUAGUAAAUUUAAUGAAUAUAUAAUAUCAUGAAGUCAAAUAUAUAUUUUUUAAAAAUAAUACUUUUAAAAUAUAAAUCUUAAAUAAUUAGAUUAAUAACUUUAUAAAUUAAUAAAUUAUUGUAGGCCAAAUAUUGUUAAGGGAAUUUAUGGAGGUUUUACUGUAUAUUUUUAGGUGUAAUAUGUUAUAUAAAAUAGGUCUAGGGUGGAUUUGAACAUAUUUCACAUACUCAUGACAUACUGCAAUUUUCUGCUUUUUUUCUCUUACAUUAAACUUUCCGUUUUAUUAUGGAUUUAAUCAUCCCGUCGUCGCAGUGACAAACAUAUAUCAGGGGACAAUGAUAGAGUAGACGACCAGCGAGAACGAACCCUAAUGUAUCCACUACCCAAUCUUAUUUAAGAGCCGGUUCUGAGUUUUUUUAGUUAAAAGUUAAGAAACGUUUUCUUAUAUUCUGCUAAAAACCUCCACCCUAAGAAUUUCCAUUAAUCAUAAUACAAUUUUCUAUUAUAAUAAUUAUAAUAGAAAAUUGUAUCCAUUGUCAUAGAAUAAGAUUAAUUAGGGUUAUAUAGAUUUAUCAUUAGUUUAUACACUAAAAAUUUCCUAAACUAGAUAAAUACAAAUAUAUGUAUUAUAUAUAUAUAUAUACUUUAGAUCCUUCUAUAGUGAAAUAUGCAAAAUGGUCUUCUUCUACUUUUAGAAAGAAUCACGAGAAUGUUGUUCUUUUUUUUUUGUGUGUUCAUAUUGCUUCGCUCAAAGUAUUUGACAAUUUAGAAAUUCAAUUCAAUUCAACGGUUUGAUUUGUAAGCAUGUCUCGUGAUCUUUUGGUAUUGAUUACAGGGAAGAAAGAGAAAUGUCUCAUCCGUACAUGCCUAUAUGUAUAACGUCAUUAGCCGCACGUACUCAUCAAACAAGAAGAGCUCAAAAGAUUCCAAGAAAGUUCUAACAAAUUGUACCACAUUUUACAAUCACUGUCUUCUAAUUAUAUAUCGUUUCCAUGGAGGCUUUAGCGAUGGCAGGAACCGAUUAUCAAGAAUGGGGACUUAGUGUUGAGGAAUGGGAGUUUCAAGAAUCAGUAGUUCCGCCCCAUUUGCUUGCAGAUGAUUCGAAAAAGGACGAAGAAGAAGAUUAUCAAAAUGAGGAUGAUAGAGUUUUCGAUGGCGUAGAGGUUAAACAAUCUCUUACUUGUGACAUUCGAGCUUCGGUUGGGAAAUUGAUUGAAGAAUCGAUGUCACAUAUCAUUGUUCACCUCAAGCUGCUUAAGUUCUUGAGACAUCUUCUUGAGAACUUUUUGUUUAGCCAUGUUCUUGAUUUUAUUUUGUAACUGUUGUCUUUUUUUUUUAAUAAUAAAGAGUGAAAUUAUUGUGAUAUAAGUAUUUAUAUUCAAUUUUUAUAAACUGAAUACAUUCAAAUAAAAGCUUAAUUCCGUUUAUAGGUUACAUUUUCUUUCAUAAAUCAUAAAACUACGGGAGAUAAAUAACCAAAUCAAAAUUAUCCAACCGAAAUAUCAAAAUUAUUCAUACGGUAAAGAAGAUAUUUACAUAAAAGUAUUGAACCAAACCCAAACUGAAGCAAAACUUUGUGCAACUGAACUGAAUAUACAAAUUAAGUAAAGUGAAGUUCGCCAAAAAUGAUUACUUUAUAUGUGUAUAUAUAUAUAUAUAUAUAUAACUUUGCACAACUGAGCUGAAUAAACAAAUGAAUUAAGCUGAAGUUUACUAUAAAUUAUUACUUUUAAUUAAAUAUAUACCAAAUAAAAUUGAAUAAACUUAAAUUUUGUACUUCGUAAAAUUAGUAUUAAAAAAUUGUUGCAACUUUCUACCAAAGCUGAAAUUAAUUUUAACUAAACCAAACCAAAAUUUUGAACUGAUUUGAACUUGACCCAUUUCCAAAAAGGCUAUUCUCUAAAACAACAUACAAUUUUAUUCAUAACUUAACAUUAUUAUAAUAAUACGCUCUCGAGAUAGUUAAACCAUAUAAUGGAAAUGAGGAAAAAUCUUUUCACAUAAUAAUUUAUUUAGGCUUUGGUCCAACAACAAAAAAGAAGUACAUAAAACCAAAAACAAAACUAGAAAUUCCCUUAGAUAGUCUUUUUUGUUUAUUUUCACAAAAAUAGAUUUUCAAAAAAAAAAAUGAAUAGAAGAAGUUUUAUUAAAUGGUAAAUAUGCAUUUAUAUAUUUAGGGUUAAGUAAUCUAAGACUUAUGGUUUAAAGUUAAGAAGUUGAGUUUUGGGGAUGAGUUCAAAUUUUUUUUAAAAAAAAAAAUAUUAAAAUUUUCAAAAUAAAAAAAAUUAUUUUAGUCAUUUUAUUAUUUUUAGUGUUAUUUUUGUGAGAACAACUUAAAAAGAGCUAUCUGAGAUAAUCGCCCAACCAACGAUGUGCAAUGAAACUUCCUCGAAUGUAAGUAUUUGCGUGGAUGUGCAAACCGUAACUUCCGAAUCAUUCACGUUUAUUUCUUUCUAUAAGAGAACAAAAGGGGAAAAGUCUCGUUUUCAUGUUCCAUCUUUCAAACAAAAGAACAAAAAGUGUUGUAUGAUCAUAUCAACUGAACUCACGAGAAUCUGGACAAAUUAUAACAAUACACCAUGCAUGACGUAUGUAUCCAAUACGUACUAUCUGGUGCUUGAUACGUUGAAUACUAAUUUUGUGAUCAAUU